UAUCUCUCCUAGAAAAAACUUUCUUCGCGAAGUGAAAUUAUUUUUCGAAUUCGUACAUCUUUUUGUGUAAUUAUUAAUUAGUAUACGUUCGAAUAUUAAUAUUUAAUUCCCAAUCGAAGGUGACUGUAACCGAUGAAGUCCCAGUAAUAAGUUUUUCGCGUAGUGUAGUUGUUUAGCUUGAAAAUUACACUAAUGUUUAGACUAUCCCAAGUGAUUUCUGUCAAGUGUAGAUAACCUAUCUGGAUAAUGGACGAGCCACAGCCAUCGGAUAUUUGUCGAGUAUGCCGCUGCGAGGCUACUCCCGAUAAACCAUUAUUUCAUCCGUGUAUUUGUACUGGAAGUAUAAAAUGGAUUCAUCAAGAGUGUCUAACGCAAUGGAUGCGAUACAGUCGAAAAGAGUACUGCGAAUUAUGCCGAUACAGAUUUACAUUCAUGCCGAUAUACGACGAGAAUAUGCCCAGGCAUCUACCACUGAAAGAUAUCAUCACCGGAUUACUUAACACUGUUAUAACCGCUCUAAAAUAUUGGCUACAUUACACCAUCGUAGCUGGAGCAUGGCUCGGUGUAGUGCCUAUUGUAGCGUGCCGAAUUUUCAGCUGUUUAUUUUCGUUAUCUGUUGAUUCGAUUUUGACCUUACCGUUUGAUUUGUUUUCGAUGAAAAAUCUCGCCGCCGAUAUGUUUCAAGGAAGCUUCAUCGUUACCUGUACGUUAUUCGCGUUUAUUGGAUUAGUAUGGUUAAGAGAGCAAAUUCUACAUGGUGGAGGGCCGGAAUGGUUAGAUCAAGAAGAAAUAGAUCAUAAUCAUGGAAUUAAUAGACCAGCCGAUCAACCACUUGCUGAAAGGCUUGACGAGGCGGAUAAUAAUAACGCCCCUCUUCAGGUUGAUGAUCACAGGCAAGAACAGCCGAUUGUGGAUGAUCACAAUAAUUGGAAUCCCGUCGAAUGGGACCGAGCUGCCGAAGAAUUGACUUGGGAACGGUUACUCGGAUUAGAUGGAUCGUUGAUAUUUCUCGAACACGUCUUUUGGGUGGUCUCCUUGAAUACGUUGUUCAUAUUGUUGUUCGCUUUCUUACCCUAUAAUGUGGGAUCGUUGUUUUUGAUGAUAACCGAUUUGAAAGAAUAUGCUAAGGCGUCUCGAUUUGAAGGAUUAGUGACUACUCUUUGCGGGUAUAUUGUGUCGAGUUGCUUCUUGGUUCUCUUACAUACGAUUAUAUCGGUGGCCAAACUAACGAAAAUAUCACGUUUACUAGGAUUAUGUUACAUCGUUGUGAAGGUUUCUCUCUUGCUGGUCAUUGAAAUCGGAGCUUUACCUUUGAUAUGCGGUUGGUGGCUGGAUAUUUGUUCCUUGCCCGUUUUCAAUGCGACAUUGAAAGAUCGAGAAGCGAGCUUCACCGUUGCUCCGGGCACAUCGAUGUUUAUACAUUGGCUUAUCGGAAUGGUUUUCGUUUAUUAUUUCGCCUCAUUCGUGCUUGUUCUGAGAGAAGUUCUGAGACCAGGAGUUUUAUGGUUCUUGAGAAACCUGAAUGAUCCGGAUUUCAGUCCCAUUCAAGAAAUGAUUCAUCUAUCGAUGUACAAACACAUUCGUCGUCUUAUGGCAUCGUGCGUCAUCUUCGGUAUGGUAGUUAUGCUGAUCCUGUACGUACCUUCGCGAAUCCUGAAAGCGAUCUGGCCAUCGUUUCUACCCUACGUCAUAACCUCGCAUUCGGAAUCAGUGAACGAGUUAUCCCUCGAAUUGCUACUACUACAAGUGAUAAUGCCAGCCUUACUCGAGCAACAUUAUAUCAGACAGUGGCUACGAGCCACCAUUCGCAUAUGGUGUCUGACCGUAGCCUGGUGCUUAGGCCUCAAGUCAUACCUGCUCGGCGACGGAGUACAAAACAACGACGACGCCGGCGCUCCGGCAGCCGCUAAUGCUGCAGCUGCUGCGGCGGCUGCUGACAACGCGGCAUUAGCUGGCGGCGGAUUGGGAGCUGCUCAUCAGGCUUUACUCCAACGCGGCGGUCCAACUGGCUUCCAACCGUACGAGAAACCGAAAUGGUUCCCGUUACGAAUCAUCGCCUUGCUGAUACUGAUCUGCAUGACGACCGUUGUCGCCAGCUUGAUCGUGCUUACCGUUCCUGUGUACGUUGGUCGUAAAGUGAUGGCUGUGUGGCCGUCAUUGGUGCUCACGAAACCGGUACCCAAGGUGCACGAAUUGUACACCGCCUCGGCCGGAAUGUAUAUGCUUUGGUUAAUGGCUCGUAUCAUCGCCACCAUGAUCAGCUGGCUUCCAAAAGGCAAAAUGGUCGUGAUACGUAGAAUCACCAAAAUGAGCCUUUCUACGAUGAAAGCGAUGUUCGCGGUUAUUUGGCUAGUCGGCGUGAUACCGUUUCUGUUCGGGUUGCUCGUCGAGCUUGUGAUCGUCGUACCGAUGCGAGUACCGCUGGAUCAAACACCGGUCAUAUGGACGUGGCUGGACUGGGGUCUCGGUUUAUUAUACAUGAAGAUUAGCUGCGCUUUGCUAAUGAUGGGACCCGACUGGAGGAUCAAACGAGCCGUCGAACGAACCUUCCGCAACGGUUUUCAAAGAAUGAAUUUAAAGUUUACCAUGAAAGAAGUCAUAAUGCCGGUAGUCGGUACGCUAGCUUUACUCUUAGCUUUGCCUUACGCCAUAGCUCACGGCAUCGUACCGAUUUUCGUCAAAAGUUUCCAUCUGCGUAAUGUGAUCGCUCGCCGAAUCUACCCAUUCUUGUUGAUCUUGGCGCUGGUCUACAGCGGAGCCUCGUUCGGCGGCAGGCAAUCGGUCAAAUGGUACGAGCAUAUUAGAAACGAACGUUAUCUGGUAGGAAGAAAACUGAUCAAUUAUAAUCAUCGACGUCAGCCAGCCGAAAUAUCGCCUCCAGCCGCCGCCGCCGCCGAAAACGAAUCGUAGUAGAGCACAAAAUGAGAAUAUUAACCGCAGGAUUUGACUGAUUGUUUAUUCUUUGUUCGUUUGUUUCUCUGUAUACCCCCCUCCUCCCAUUUUUGGGCAUCAUUUUAGCCCACUGCAGCACAUUGUUCCACUUCACGUGUAACCUAAUCUUCUCCUCGGCCCUGUGGUUUUUUUUGGUUGUACGUUUAUUACCUUUUUUUUUCGUCUCUCUUUUGAGUAGAUGUAGCAUUAAAACAACUCUUCUCCCCUUCCUCAUCCGCGCUAACCUUUUUCCAUUCGUUUUCCUUUUUUAAUACGAUGUGUAAAUUUGUCGACGUUCACGAAACGAAUUUUGAAAGAAGUUGAAACGGUGCAUCCGCCCGAGUGGAUUGGUUUUUUUUAACUCGAGCGUGGAUUCGUGAGUCGCAGAAACGAGUACACUCGCAUUCACUUUGUCAACGAUGAUUGCGUUUCGUUUUGAAACUUGAAAGUACUCGUACUAUGAGUUCUGUUUCAUCGUUUUUUUUCUCUGUAUGUCUGUGUAAUGUUUUAUAAUAUUAUUAGUUUAGCUUGAAAGAGAAGAUUUUAUUUUGCUGUGAUUAUUAUAAGUUAAUUUUAGUUUUCGUUCUCGUUCUCGUUUACUUGUUGUUUUUGGAUAUGAUAACUAUACGAUGAGCAUUUUAUAAAACGAUCGUUUUUUUAAAAAAAAAUCGCGUAUACACGUAUACGCGAAUGUGUGUGAGUGGAUCCUGGAUGCGUAUGUGAAAUGGAUAAAUUUAAGUAUAUACCGAAGUGUAAUUAACUAAUUACUUAAUAUAAACAUUUUUUUUUUUUGGAAAUCUAUUACAUUGUAAUCGUUGUACACAAUCAAAACUACCUAUCUACCCAAUUUAUCAUCUCUUAUAUAUGAGCACGAUUUUGCAUUUUGUUUUUCGAUAACCGAAUAAUAUUAGAUAUAUAUUCAACCGUUUGCGUCGAAAAUUUAACUCUUUUGUUUCUGAAUUUUUUUUAAAAAAAUUGUACGUAUUUCUAUUAUUGUUUUGUCUUCGUUACGAUGAUGGAAUUGUCGAGUAUGUAGUUGUGUAAUGUGUAUGCAGCUACACGAAUACCUUCGAAUAAUUUUCAACGCAAUUUAUGGAAGCUCGAAAAUUCAAAGCUUUGGAUGAAUUUUCUGUAUGGAUGAAAUUUUAAAAAAAUAUCUAUUUACUUACCUACGUGCGCUUUUUUUUACGCUUCUCUGUUUUGUCUGCGGAAUUUAGCGCGACGUUAUCGAGAAUGGAAUUUAUUUUAAUUUUUACGAUUGUUUAAAACAAUGUCGAUUUUGGUAUUUUCGGUAUAGUCAUUGUGAGGUUACUUUUAAUAAAGUCGUUUUGUAAUGCAGA